ACUGCGCACUGUGCAGAUAUGUAUCCCUCAAGUCCGCACGAUAAACAGUCGCUAAUUGAUGCGAGAUUGUUCAUUAGCGAACAAGUUGAUAAAUACAUUGCUGAGUCGCUAGGCCCAUCAACCACCACGCAAGAACCUGAAAUACCGUCAACUACCACGCAGAAACCUGAAAUACAGUCAACCACCACGCAGAAACCUGAAAUACAGUCAACCACCACGAAGGAAUCUGAGACAUCGUCAGGAACAACGCAGAAGCCUGGAAAGUCUACAACAUCAUCUGCACCUCCACUGUCGUCUUUCAUCAACUCUCUACAAGAGAACACACGCGUUUCGCUGUUUGAUACAAGUGAUUCAUUGAGAACAACAAGAACUACAAAUGGUCUCAUAUUUAAUAUUCAUUGUGCAUUUCAUUGUUCAUUUGAGUUGUUUUUAUUGGUGACUCUGCUCGUCAGCAUCGAGUCGAUAAUCGGUUUACCAACAAAUUUACCGAGGGUUAUUUUUGGUAAGCCGUUGGGCGGUUUUCUGAACAAUCCAUUCAGAAAGCGUGCAGACAACAAAACCAGACUGACCGUGGAGGAUGUCAAAACGGGCACUGUAACUCAAAAACUCGACAAUUUCAAUCCGAGUGACAAAAGAACAUGGCAACAGCAUUAUCAAUACAAUCCAAAGUUUUACAAUGGAAGUGGACUGAUAUUUUUGUUGGUUGGCGGUGAAUCGAAGAUCGAUGUGGAAUGGAUUGCUGAUUACAGCCGUCCGUAUAUGCUUUGGGCCAAGAAACAUGGAGCUGCCGUAUUCCAAGUUGUAAUGUCUGGGCACUGCAAAUUGAAGGCACGCACUGCGCACUGUGCAGAUAUGUAUCCCUCAAGUCCGCACGAUAAACAGUCGUUAAUUGAUGCGAGAUUGUUCAUUGGCGAACAAGUUGAUAAAUACAUUGCUGAGUGUGAGUCACCACACAUUUUGUAUCCAUACAUUAAGUGA